AUGAUCACUUUCGUAAGGUGUGGAUGUUUCCGCCUAUGUCUUCCCUACAGACGUAGAAAACGUGCAGUUUUCGCGAUUUUAGCGCUCACUGGCCUGUUUCUUAUUCUGUAUUUUGAAAAUUCCGCGAUAGAGCGUCAGCAAGCGACAAGUUUGGACGUCGAGAAACGCUCGAAGCAGGAACUACGAGACAGACUUUUAGCCAUCGGAAUUCUGACAAGUAAUGAACAUUAUGGGGAUAACUCAAACCGAAAUAGCGACCACGACCGUUCAAAUUUUGGUGCUGAGAAACAGUUGCGCCUGGAAGGGCCAUCCAUUGGAAUUACGGGCUACGAACAUGCAAAGGAUAAAUCGACUCGAAGCAGUGACUUCGGCGACAAACACUUACCUCUUAGCUAUAAGAACAGAAAGGUGAACAACACGGUUUCAGAUACCGCGCAAGGGACGGCUAAAAAACAGAUUAAGUACGAUUGUCCUGAAAUUGUAGAAAAGCCAACAUUUCGCGAGAUUGUCAAAGAGGCGAUGGUGUACUCGGUGUGGUUUGACGAUCGAAAAUCGCAGCAUUUUAUACGAAUUUUGUUGCUGUCCUUGAAAAAAACCGUUCCGUCGCUAACUUGCCUAUUUAAAAGUACAUCAAAACAGGAAACUUUUGCCGUCGAAGCCUCGUUCUAUGAGCACAACGAAAGUUACCAACGGCGAUUUGCAUACUUUAUAGCUUCCUGCGUUCUUCCACAAAGUCUAGACAAUAUUCCAUGCUUUGUGAACAUUUCUGCAACAUUAGCGGAACGUAGCGAGAGUAAUGCGAUGGUCUUUCCAGUUCGUUCUAUCGGUGAUGAGAAAGGCAGAAUUCAAAAGAAAUAUGGCAUUUGUAUCCCUCCUGUUCACGGUGAAAUCUCGGUUGGAAAAAUUAUUGAGUUUUUAGAACUCACGCAGAUUUUAGGCGCUUCACAUUUUACAUUUUAUGAUUUAUCAAUGUCUGAAGGUGUGCGAAACGUCUUGAAUUAUUAUCAAGAUCUAGGUUUAGUGAGUGUCUUGCCAUGGAAUUUACCCUCGUACAUUGGAAAACACGAUUUGCACUAUUUUGGUCAACCAUUAGCCAUCUGGGAGUGUUUGUUUCGCUCUAUGCGAGAUUUCGACUUUGUUGCGUUUCAUGACUUGGAUGAAUUCAUUGUACCCCUUCGCCAUGAGAACAUAACCGCAUUGUUAGAGUACAUUCAUAAAGAAAACCAUUGUGGACACUGCUUUGAAAGCGUCCUUUUGGAUCCUUCAACGGACCAAAACGGAUCACAUUUAAUGACACAACGCGUUUUCCACCGAACAAGUGAAGUGACUCCAUUUUACACCAAGUGCAUCGUAGAUCCGCGGAGAAUAUUCGAGCAAGGAAUACAUCACAUUAGCAAACCCAUCGAAGAGUUCUAUGAGGCCGAUAAAGUUAAUUGGGAAGUGGCGCGUGUCUUUCAUUACAGAAAAUGCCACGAUUCACGUGCUGCGCAUCAACCUAGGUGCUCUUCUUUCAUUGUGGACAAAACUAUGCAGAGAUUUGGAGAGAAACUGAAGUACAAUUUUGAACUGAAAAUGAAUAUUAUACCUUUUCAUUUAUAA